ACUUAAAAAGGUAGGAAGAAGAAGGAGAAAGCAAAACAAAGCAGAGAAGAGAGAAUCCAUGGCGAGAAGCUCGAUCCUUCGAUCAUUGGUUCUUAGCCGUGCAAUGCUGAAUAGGGUUCGCCCAUUCUCCAACCAUCUUACCUCUCAUUCAUUCCCCUCUCCUCCUCAAUCUCACUCCUCUCUCUUCGCCUCCGUCGCCGCCGCCACCAUCGCUUCCUCUCAGCUCUCUCUUUUCCACCACUCCCGCUCGCUCUCCUCCGCCUCAGCUCCUUCCGAUGUUGUCCUUGUUAAUUCAGAGAAAGAGUUCAAUGAUAUCCUCAGAAAAGUUCAAGAUAACUCGUUGCAUGCCAUCUUCUAUUUCACUGCAGUCUGGUGUGGACCUUGCAGGUUUAUUUCUCCUAUAAUUGGAGAACUAAGUAAGAAGUACCCUCAUGUAACAACAUAUAAGAUUGAUAUUGAUCAGGAAGAAAUUCAAGGCACAUUAGGCAAGUUACAGAUUACAUCUGUGCCAACGCUCCAUUUCUUUCAAAAUGGGAAAAAGGCUGAUGAACUUAUAGGUGCCGAUGUUGCACGAUUGAACCAUAUUACAGAGAAACUCUUCAAGAAGGACUGACUUUGGUUUUCAGAGGUGGGAAUGGCUGAUGGUUGAUGAAGUACAAAAUGAUCAAACUGCAACUGCUUAAUAUUUUUUUUUUUUAAAUAUUAUUCACAGUCAUCAUUUUAUUCUAUUUCAAAUUUCCAUGAGAGAAGAGAGAAUAUGCAUACAUGUUUAGGACAUGGGACAUAUGCAUUUACAUGUAGAAUAUCGUUGAGCCUGAAGUUUCAAGAACUUGUGUCACUUAUUGUUACACUUAAUAAUAGUUUUCGAGCUUUAUUUUUCAGAAGUGGACCAUUUGAGUUAUGCUUGUUCAUUCCAUCUCUGCAUGGUUGAUUUUUGUGAAAUACAAUAUGAGUUUCCCAGGUGUUCUUGAACCGCUCCGUUUAACUAUUUUGGGUUCUUUUGCAUAACAAACCUUUCCAAACUAGUGCAACACAAUGAAAUGAGGUCUACUAAUUGC